AUUAAAAGAAAAAAGAAGUCUCAGUUGCGUUUGCAUGGAGAUGAAGUAUUGAGUGAAUCAUCAUAAUCCAUACAUUCUCAGAUCUUAUUAUCUUUCAAAUCUCUCUCAACUAUACGUGUGUGUUUGUGUUUCACUGAAUAUAUAUACGUUGACGUCAGAAAUCUAUACAUUCUCUUCUUUAACUGAUUUCAUUAUAAGCAAUCGACGUAACAUAAUUGAUUGCUUCUCGGUAGAACUAAGAUUUUCAGUUCGAUUGAUUGAUUGAUUCGGUUAAAUAGGAGAAAAUGUUGUGGUUAUUCAGAUCCAUUAUAGUUGUUGCUACGUUAAUUGCAAGUUCACAGAUGGUGGAUGGAAGAACUCGUCGGAUUUUACUUGAUACAGACGUUGAUACCGACGAUCUCUUUGCUCUAUUAUACAUAUUGAAGCUCAACCGAUCGCAAUUUGACUUACAGGCUGUAACUGUGAACACGAAUUCAUGGACAGAUGCUGGUCAUGCUGUAAAUCAGAUUUACGAUAUACUUUACAUGAUGGGACGAGAUGAUAUUGCUGUUGGAGUUGGAGGUGAAGGUGGGAUACUUGAAGAUGGAAUCAUACAACCAAAUGUUGGAGGUUAUCUUCCAUUAAUUGAACAGGGGAUUAACACAACUGGUUAUUGUAGAUACAGACAAACAAUUCCUGCAGAGAAGAGAUUACAAAUUGAUACAAAUAAUGGUUUUCGGAGAAGCUUUCUUCCUCAGGGAAGAAGGAAAUAUUAUCCACUUAUGGAGAACACGGCUCAGAAAGUUAUGCAAAACAAAAUAGCUGCUGGCCCUAUCACUUUAUUUCUAAUUGGUUCGCACACGAAUGCUGCUAUUUUUCUUAUGAGAAAUCCACAUUUGAAGAGAAACAUUGAACAUAUUUAUGUUAUGGGUGGUAGUGUUCAGUCAAAGACGGAUUGUUGUGAUCAGAAAAACACCCAUAAUUCUUCCUGUAAUCGCCAUGAAAAUUGCAUAGAACCUGGUAAUUUGUUCACUGAUAGCACCAGUAAUCCAUAUGCAGAGUUCAAUAUAUUCAUGGAUCCUUUUGCUGCAUAUCAGGUAAUCCAUUCAGGGAUUCCUGUGACAUUGAUUCCACUUGGUGCAACAGAUACCAUCCCCAUAAGUAAGAAUUUCUUUGACGCGUUUGAACAGAAUCAACACACUUUUGAGGCACAAUACCUCUUCAAAUCCUUGAAAAUGCUUCGCGAUACUUGGUUUGAUGACAAAUACUACACGAGCAAUUAUAUGUGGGAUUCAUUUGCAUGCGGUGUUGCUACUUCAAUAAUGCGUAACUCAAACGACCAUACAGGCAAAAAUGACUUUGCUGAAGUUGAAUUAAUGUAUAUAACUGUUGUCACUUCAAAUAAACCAUACGGAAUUUCUGAUGGCUCAAAUCCCUUCUUCGAUGGACGCGAGUCUCCCAAGUUUAACUUGGCUAAAGGCGGCGUUCACAGUGGUCAUGUCCAGAAUCGACUUCGUGAUCCCUUUUGCAUUGUCAAAGAUGGGAAAGGUAGAUGUCAGGAUGGAUACACCAAAGUAGAAACUGCCCCUAAGGGAGUUCCUACGCUUGUUGCCACAAAAGCAAAGCCGAAUAAAGAUAGAAACAGCCCUAUAGAGAAAGAAUUCUCCCUAAACUUCCUCAAUGUUAUAAACAUCCCCCAAUACUCUGGAAGAUUCAACUUCACAACACAGUUUCCUUAUUAUAGGGAAGUUAAACAUAUUCCAGUUUUUGGAGGGAAGAAACUCGGUAAGAAUGUUGUCUUCGACAUGGAUAUGAGCCCCGGAGAUUUCCUCGCUCUGUUUUAUCUCCUCAAAGUGCCUGUGGAUACGAUCAACCUAAAGGCAAUAUUAGUAAGUCCAACUGGCUGGGCAAAUGCAGCAACUAUAGAUGUGGUGUAUGAUUUAUUGCACAUGAUGGGUCGCGAUGACAUCCCUGUAGGUCUUGGAGAUUUUUUUGCAAUGAACCAAUCCGACACUAUUUAUUCCGGGGUUGGAGAUUGCUUCUACUCAAAGGCCAUCCCAUAUGGAAGUGGCGGUUUUCUAGACUCGGACACUCUCUAUGGUUUAGCUCGCCUUUUGCCUCGAAGUCCCAGAAGGUACACGGCGGAGAACUCUGUAAAAUAUGGAGCUCCUAGAGAUACCGAUAAUCCUGAACUUAGGCAGCAAAGAAUAAUGGAUGUAUGGAAAUGGGUAGCAAAGUCUCUUGAUCGAGGAUCUAAGAUUACAAUAUUGACAAAUGGUCCAUUGACUAGUUUAGCAAAGAUAAUCCUGGCCGACAAACACGCAAAGUCUCUCAUUCAGGAGGUAAUUAUAAACGGUGGAAAUAUAAUAAACCAAGAUAGAAAAGCUGAAGGAAACGUGGUGAACAUUCCAUCAAACAAAUUUGCAGAACUUAACAUGUUCUUGGAUCCCUUUGCAGCAAAGACUGUCAUUGAAUCUGGAGUUGAUAUAAAGCUCAUUCCGCUAAGAAUCCAACGUGAGUUCAACGUAUUACCUAUGAUUAUAACAAGGCUUUCGACCAAAUACAAGACACCGGAAUCACAUUUUUCAAGACGUUUGCUGAAAACCCUUCUUCGGUUGCAAACAAAACAUCAAAGAUAUAAGCAUAUGGACAUGUUUAUGGGGGAGAUUAUUGGGGCAGUAAAUUUGGGAGGUGGUGAAAAUGGUAGAUUGAAAACAGAAUUCAUGGAGAUGGCGAUAAGAGUGGUAGCAAAAGGUAUGGAAUCUGAAGAUGGAGAGACGAUUGUAGACGAAAAGAAAGGGAAGUUGAUUAAAGUAAUGGUGAAGAUGAACAAUAAAGCGUAUUACAAUGAAUUUACUAAAGGACUUGAAAAGGAAGAACAAAGUGCUGUCAUUGGAAGCUUUGAAGAGCAGAAAAGUAAAUGGAGAACACCUCCCCAUGCCAAGUAA